AUGUGGGGCCAAAGUCGUGCGGUAAUGCAGCAUAUUUCUGAUGCCGUGAUCAUGAGGUCCGAACGCUCUCUAGACCUCCUCCAAGGAAUUGUUGUCUUUUUGGGCUACUACCAUUACUAUUGUCUAGCCCAUGGACAAUUCAACAACCUCACGCAUCUGGCAAUCAGCAUGACUGGAGAUAUGGGCCUGGACAGGCGUACCAAGCCGCGCGAAACGGCUCCGUAUUUGACAAUGGAUCCCGAAGAGCCAAGAGCGAUGACGAAUGAAGAGAGAAGGGUCUUGGUCGGUGCCUGGUACAUGGGCUCAAACGCUGCUCUCUCUUUCAACAAAUUAGAGUCACCAAGAUACACGAAGCAUCAUGACCAGUGUCUAAACGAAUUGAAAGACGCUGCGGAAUAUGAGACAGAUGAACUCCUUGUACAGCUAGUUCGCAUCCAGCACCUCACCGAGAGGAUCUUUCAGUUCAACCACCGAGACCAGUUCUUCGUUGAAUUGAUUGGAGUAGCUUUACCAGAGACAACAGUCGCUGGGCAUCUCUCUGCUUUUCAGGCAGAAUUGGAUAGUCUCGAGAACUCACUGCCCAAGAAGCUCAAAGCCAACUACUUACUGUUGAGCCACUACAACACUGCACGGCUACGGCUCUUCGCUCCGCUGCUAAGCGAUAUCAGGCCGUCAAGUGUUUCAACCCCCGCCUCCGUCCCGCUAUCGCUUUUGCAUGCGGAGGCAUUCGAUCGCUAUCAUGCUGCCACCUCUGUCCUCAAGUCCUGGGUCACUAAUUGGCUCGCUAUACCCGUUUGCUACUACUUCCAUAUGCCGCAGCCUGGUUACGGCCAUCUUAUCUAUGCCAUCACUAUGCUUGCCCGCCAGGCGCGGUUAUCGUUGCUCGUCAAUACUCAGCCCAACUGUGCCAGCUCUAUUUCCUCUAACAUAUCCGCAGACACUGCUCAACCUGAAACCAGGAAUAUUGACGCCGAGACAACCAAAACCUUGGUGCUUAAUGCUCUAGAGUCCUUUGCGGCACGGUUCGAGGCUGCCAAGGUGGAGAUCGGCGCUGCUCAUGGGCGAGAAUGGGAGAACGACCUUUUGGACCUGAUCGUGAAGACUCUCAGGGUCAAGAAGGCCCGCAUCGAGAAGUGGAGUAAAGUCCUCGAGGCGGCAAGGAAUGGUGGUUAUAGCGGCGACGGGUUUCCACCGGGAAAAGACUGGCCAGCAUUUAGCUCUGUUGAUGGCCAAGAGAGUAAUACCGGAGCCAGGGAAGAUGCUGCAGAAUGGCUGUUUGAGCAGCUCGAUAAGUCGCUGCUGGACGAUAAUUAUCAGGAGAGCUGGCUUUGGGGCGGUGACCCCUUAGAUAUUCUGUGCAUGGACCAAGGGAAUCUUGAAGAGGCAGAGGGGACCGGUGUUACUUGCUUGCCCAACACUGGCUUCGACUACCAGUGA